GGAGCGGCUGUCGGCGCAGCGGGCGGGAGCCGGGAGCCCGGCGCUCGAGCAGGCGGAGCGCAGCGCGGAGACGCGGCGGAGCGGGGCCCGCGGCUCGGCUGGGGCCGGCAGACAGGUGUGCGGGCGGCCGGGCGGCCCGAGCUCAGGCAGCUCCAGGCCGGGCCCGCGGUCCGGAGCCGGCGCCGAGCGGAGACCCCGCGCCCGCACCCCAGUCCGGGCCCCGCCCGUGCUCUGCCUGGCCGCGGGGUGCGGGGACCACGGCCGGGUCGGGCCACCCGAAGCCUGUGUUGGGCCGGGCCGGGCCGGGGUGGGUGGGGGUCCGCCCGGCCCGCCCAUGGGCUCAGGAUGCCGGUGCGGAGGGGCCACGUCGCGCCGCAGAACACCUUCCUGGACACCAUCAUCCGCAAGUUUGAGGGCCAGAGCCGCAAGUUCAUCAUCGCCAACGCUCGGGUGGAGAACUGCGCUGUCAUCUACUGCAACGACGGCUUCUGCGAGCUGUGCGGCUACUCGCGGGCCGAGGUGAUGCAGCGACCGUGCACCUGCGACUUCCUGCACGGGCCGCGCACGCAGCGCCGUGCCGCCGCGCAGAUCGCGCAGGCCCUGCUGGGCGCGGAGGAGCGCAAAGUGGAGAUCGCCUUCUACCGGAAAGAUGGGAGCUGCUUCCUGUGCCUGGUGGAUGUGGUACCCGUGAAGAACGAAGAUGGGGCUGUCAUCAUGUUCAUCCUCAACUUUGAGGUGGUGAUGGAGAAGGACAUGGUGGGGUCCCCAGCCCGUGACACCAAUCACCGUGCCCCUCUCACCAGCUGGCUGGCCUCCGGCCGCGCCAAGGCCUUCCGCUUGAAGCUGCCCGCGCUGCUGGCCUUGACCGCCCGGGAUUCGUCGGUGCGGCCGGGUAGCGCGGGCGGCGCCGGUGCCCCGGGGGCCGUGGUGGUGGACGUGGACCUGACGCCCGCGGCGCCCAGCAGCGAGUCGCUGGCCCUGGACGAGGUGACGGCCAUGGACAACCACGUGGCGGGGCUCGGGCCGGCGGAGGAGCGACGCGCGCUGGUGGGCCCCAGCUCGCCGCCUGCCUGCGCGCCCGGCCCGCACCCGUCGCCCCGGGCGCACAGCCUCAACCCCGACGCCUCGGGCUCCAGCUGCAGCCUGCCCCGGACGCGCUCCCGAGAGAGCUGCGCCAGCGUGCGCCGCGCCUCGUCGGCCGACGACAUCGAGGCCAUGCGCGCUGGGCCGCUGCCCCCGCCGCCGCGCCACGCCAGCACCGGGGCCAUGCACCCCCUGCGCAGCGGCCUGCUUAACUCCACAUCAGAUUCGGACCUCGUGCGCUACCGCACCAUUAGCAAGAUUCCCCAAAUCACCCUCAACUUUGUGGACCUCAAGGGCGACCCCUUCCUGGCUUCGCCCACCAGCGACCGGGAGAUCAUAGCCCCCAAGAUAAAGGAGCGGACCCAUAAUGUCACUGAGAAGGUCACCCAGGUCCUGUCCCUGGGGGCCGACGUGCUGCCGGAGUACAAGCUGCAGGCACCACGCAUUCACCGCUGGACCAUCCUGCACUACAGCCCCUUCAAGGCCGUGUGGGACUGGCUCAUCCUGCUGCUGGUCAUCUACACGGCGGUCUUCACGCCCUACUCGGCUGCCUUCCUGCUGAAGGAGACGGAGGAGGGCCCCCCGGCCCCCGACUGUGGCUACGCCUGCCAGCCGCUGGCCGUGGUGGACCUCAUCGUGGACAUCAUGUUCAUCGUGGACAUCCUCAUCAACUUCCGCACCACCUACGUCAACGCCAACGAGGAGGUGGUCAGCCACCCUGGCCGCAUCGCCGUCCACUACUUCAAGGGCUGGUUCCUCAUCGACAUGGUGGCCGCCAUCCCCUUUGACUUGCUCAUCUUCGGCUCUGGCUCCGAAGAGCUGAUCGGGCUGCUGAAGACGGCGCGGCUGCUGCGGCUGGUGCGCGUGGCACGGAAGCUGGACCGCUACUCGGAGUACGGGGCGGCCGUGCUCUUCCUGCUCAUGUGCACGUUCGCGCUCAUCGCGCACUGGCUGGCCUGCAUCUGGUACGCCAUCGGCAACAUGGAGCAGCCGCACAUGGACUCCCGCAUCGGCUGGCUCCACAACCUGGGCGAUCAGAUCGGCAAGCCCUACAACAGCAGCGGCCUGGGCGGCCCCUCCAUCAAGGACAAGUACGUCACCGCCCUCUACUUCACCUUCAGCAGCCUCACCAGCGUGGGCUUCGGCAACGUCUCACCCAACACCAACUCGGAGAAGAUCUUCUCCAUCUGUGUCAUGCUCAUCGGCUCCCUCAUGUAUGCCAGCAUCUUCGGCAACGUGUCGGCCAUCAUCCAGCGGCUGUACUCGGGCACGGCCCGCUACCACACGCAGAUGCUCCGGGUGCGUGAGUUCAUCCGCUUCCACCAGAUCCCCAACCCGCUGCGCCAGCGCCUCGAGGAGUAUUUCCAGCACGCCUGGUCCUACACCAAUGGCAUCGACAUGAAUGCGGUGCUGAAGGGCUUCCCCGAGUGCCUGCAGGCCGACAUCUGCCUGCACCUGAAUCGCUCGCUGCUGCAGCACUGCAAGCCCUUCCGAGGGGCCACCAAGGGCUGCCUGCGGGCCCUGGCCAUGAAGUUCAAGACAACGCACGCGCCGCCAGGGGACACGCUGGUGCACGCUGGGGACCUGCUCACCGCCCUCUACUUCAUCUCCCGGGGCUCCAUUGAGAUCCUGCGGGGCGACAUUGUCGUGGCCAUCCUGGGGAAGAAUGACAUCUUCGGAGAGCCUCUGAACCUGUAUGCGCGCCCUGGGAAGUCCAACGGGGACGUGCGGGCCCUCACCUACUGUGACCUGCACAAGAUCCACCGGGAUGACCUGCUGGAGGUGCUGGACAUGUACCCCGAGUUCUCUGACCACUUCUGGUCCAGCCUGGAGAUCACCUUCAACCUGCGGGAUACCAACAUGAUCCCCGGCUCUCCCGGCAGCGCGGAGCUGGAGGGCGGCUUCCACCGGCAACGCAAACGCAAGCUGUCCUUCCGCAGGCGCACUGACAGGGACCCGGAACAGCCAGGGGAGGUGUCGGCCUUGGGGCCGAGCCGGGCGGGGGCAGGGCCGAGUGGCCGGGGCCGGCAGGGGGGGCCGUGGGGGGAGAGCCUGUCCAGCGGCCCCUCCAGCCCUGAGAGCAGUGAGGAUGAGGGCCCAGGCCGCAGCUCCAGCCCCCUCCGCCUGGUGCCCUUCUCCAGCCCCAGGCCCCCCGGAGAGCCGCCGGGUGGGGACCCCCUGACUGAGGAUGGCGAGAAGAGCAGCGACACUUGUAACCCACUGUCAGGCGCCUUCUCAGGAGUGUCCAACAUCUUCAGCUUCUGGGGGGACAGCCGGGGCCGCCAGUACCAGGAGCUGCCUCGCUGCCCCGCCCCCGCCCCCAGCCUCCUCAACAUCCCUCUUUCCAGCCCUGGCCGACGGCCCCGGGGCGAUGUGGAGAGCAGGCUGGACGCCCUCCAGAGGCAGCUCAGCAGGCUGGAGACCCGGCUGAGUGCAGACAUGGCCACCGUCCUGCAGCUGCUGCAGAGGCAGAUGACGCUGGUCCCGCCCGCCUACAGUGCUGUGACCACCCCGGGGCCCGGCCCCACCUCCACCUCCCCUCUGCUGCCCGUCAGCCCCAUCCCUACCCUCACCCUGGACUCGCUUUCUCAGGUUUCCCAGUUCGUGGCGUGCGAGGAGCUACCCCAAGACGGCCCUGCUCGACGCCUCUCCCUGCCGGGCCAGCUGGGGGCCCUCACCUCCCAGCCCCUGCACAGACACGGCUCGGACCCGAAAUCAGUAAAAAUGCUUUGGAAGGAAGACGAAGGACCAUCAGAAGCCAGUAGCCUGUGAGGCUGGGAGAAGGGCUGCCUAAGGGGCAUCUCGUUCCUGGGGCUCAGGAAGAGAGGAAAGAAGGAGGUGUGGGGACCACUGUGCCGCCACUCUGCACCCUAGGACAGGUUCCAUGGUCAAAUGAAGGGCGCUUCCCCUGCUGGCCUGAAGGCAAUAAGCUCUGGACUAUCAGCUCCAUGCGGGUGGGGCUAGUUUGACUCUGCAGGGCCCCGAGCAGUGCCGGGCACUGGGAUGUACUCAAUGUUUCCUGAAUGACCGAAGGAAGCGCCACCCUUCUCCCCGGGAUGGAGAACCCUGGGCUCGGCCGGCAGGGCUGGGGAAGUCCUCCUGCGGCUGGCAGAGCAGAAGCGGGGCCUCUGCGCAGGGCUCUGGCCCUUCACCCUGGACCCGCGGGUCACCGUGCUCUACUCCAUUCCUGUCCUCGGGCCUGCGCUGCCCAGCUCUGUGGCAACUGCCCGCUGCCCCAGACCUCAUCCCUGGCCUCCCCCGUCACCUGGGCUCCCGGAGCCACAGGACUCUGGUGAUGGGGGGCAGGGCAAGGGUGCAAUCCCCUCCUCUCCUGCAGGGCCAGCCACCAACGGCGGGGGGUGGGCUGUUGUGCAGAGCGGAGGGUUCUCCCAAACCAAGAGGGCCAGAGGGGUGGGGCGGGAACUGGAGGGGCCGUGGCGGGUGAGGAAAGGUCCACGCGGCUGCCGAUGCGCAGGAAGGCAGGUGGCAGAGCCUGGAGCCGGAGUCUGGUCAGGGGCGAGGGACAGGAACCGAGGGGCAGGCCUGACCUGCCUUCCCCCACCUCCACCUGCCUUCCCCCACCUCCACCUCUGCACCUAAAGGUCCAGGAGUGGAGUGAGGUGCUGGCGGUGCCUCCCGGCCUCGUGACUCAGCCACUGCCCGGGGUCCAGGUGCAAGCUCGCCCCGCCCUGUCCUCACCUGGACCCCCGCUCCUCUCAGCCCGGGCAGUGGCAGCUCUCACGUUUCAGUGACAAGUAAGAGUCAUCGAUACUCAUGGAGCCCAUCUUUUGUGGUGAGCAUUAUUCUGACUGCCUGAAACCCAAGGCCCAGAGGCUCAUGGAACCUGCCAGCGUCCGCGGCUCCUGAGGGAGGAGCUGAAGCAUGAACCCGGGCAGUCUGAGUCCCCCGGGCUGGCCUGAGCCGGGGACACACCAUCUCCCUUAGACAAGGCAGUGACUAGGAGACCUUUGCAAGUGUCUGGGAUUUCUAGGACCUUCUCUCCCCUGCAGACUUUUGUACCUUCUGUUCCUUUGCCUGGAGUGCCCUUUGUUUGGUGAACUCCUGCUGGUCUUUGGGUGGCUCUUCUAGGGGAUGCUUGGUGCGUCCCCUCCCUCGGGCUGGGGCCCCCUUUGUGCUCUUGCAGCACCCUCUGCUCUCCCCGCCCCGCCUUCCCUACCCUGGACUGCCAAAUCCGGGGGCUCGUCAUCUCUGCGCUACACCAUCCCUGUCUGUCCCCCAGCACCACGCGCAGUGGCUCCCCCAGAGCGAGCACGCAACGGUUUACUAAAUGAACACUUCUGGAUUUGGGGAGUGAUUAGCAGUAAAAUCCUUAAUAUCCAAAGGGCCGGUGUGCUUGACUUUGGGGGCUGUGACUUCCUGUGCAGCCAGGCUUGGGGUGCGAGGGCUGAGGAGGGGGCUCUGGGGUAGCUGGCACUCCCUGAGCCUCCUCCGCUGAUAGGCAGACGUGAGGUCUCGUACCCCAGGGAUGGCCCCUAAGGGCCCACAGGGUUUACGUUUUCUACCGCACUCUGUUGGCUCAGCUCAGCGCCUGGGGUUUGGUCCUUGCUCUGAGUUACGAUCAGGGAACUUCUCUGGUGCCACCUGGAAUCCUUCCUGGUGGGCAUCUAGGGGCACAGCUGGAUAUCCCGUGAUGGCCAUUGCUCACCUGAGCUUUGGGGAGCCUCUGCCUUUGCUUCCCAUCACAGCAAGUUCAUCGCCCUCUCAGAUGCCCGGUCCCUGGCCUGGACAUACCUCCGGGGGCAGCCCCUGCAGGCCUCUGACUUUUCCAGGCUCUGUUCUGCCACAGUGCAGGGCAGGAGGUCUUGUGCCAGGCCCUUCCUGCAACCCACCUGCCCACGUCACAGGAACAGAUGGACUGAAGCGUGCCCAGGCCCUGACGUGACAGAUGGCUCCUUCCUCUUUGCCUGCAGGACAAAGCCCUCCACGUCAGCCUGGCACAGAGGGUUCUCGUCUUCCUUUCCAGGCUCACCUGCCUUCGUACCUCCUGCUGCCAUGUGCCCAAUACUCUAGCCACAUGAGAUCACGUCCUGUUAACUAUGCUUGAGUUCUCCCUGCAUUUGCCUGUCUUUCCCUCUUCUUGUAAACAGACUCUGUCCUUCCCGGCCUGGAGAAACUCUUCGAUCCUUCAAGUCCUAGCUCACACGUCACCUCCUCCAGGAGGUCCUCUCUAGGUGUCUCAGUGGAUCUAAACCUCCCAUUGCACUGGACUCAGGCCUUUGUCAGCGCCUCCACACACCCUGCCUGUUCUCCUGUCUGUCAUCUGAAAGAGGACUGGCUGAGUAUUGGUCAUCUUCUCAUCUCCCUUGGAGGCCUCUGUCGUGGGGCCGGGGAGACGGCAGGCACUGUGCCGGUGUGUCUUGCUUCAUCUCCACUUCCCAGCGGCCUCUGCGUGGAGGGCUCCUGCCCACUGUCCUCUGUGUGGCUGCUCAUUUGUCCUUUGAUGGUCAAGGCUGAGAGCGAUUUCUCGUAGGGCUUUUCUGUUUCAACCUCAGGUCUGAGGGAUCCCCCUUUCUCCCCAGUGGUGGCCAGUCCAGUGGGUGCUCAGCCUGGCAGCUCAGGGGGACCUACAGGGCUCACACGGUGGUCCGACCACACAGGGACCAUCAAAAGCGCACAAGUAGCGGGUCUAGUCUAAAGUGCUCAAAAAUGUCGAAACAAAUUUGAAUCAUAGGGCCUUUCAAGGUGACUAUUUGCAAACACUUUCAGAUAAUUGUAUAUCAUAAAAGAGUGGUUGGUGUAAAAAUCAAUAAGAUUUAGUAAAAGACUGAAUAGUAACAGGUUUUUUUAAGCCGCAUAGGUGCAUGAUAUUAAACCCUAUAAA